ACCUCGCAUCCAUCAAUCCACCCAUCCACUCAUUAUGGCGACCGCUCUCCUCAUCGUCGACAUGCAAAACUUCUUCGCGCCCAUGAGCACCGCCGCCGUGCCCAACGUCCUCAAGCUGGCCACCCACUUCGCAACAUCCUCUUACCCAGUACUCUUCACGCAGCACGGGCACAGCGCGGCCGAGCUCCUGCCGCCCUUCCCCAACCAAGUCGUGCGCAAAUGGGGCGUCGACGACACGGUGCACCUGGACACACACGGCUGGCAGUUCGUGCCCGAGAUCCAGGCGUUGCGGGCCUCGCUGCCGGCGGCGCAGCAGCUCGACGUCGUCGCCAAGAACACGUACGACGCGUUUCUGGGCGUGGAUCCGAAGGCCGAUGGGCUGGACAACCUGCUGCGCAGUAAGGGCGUCGAGAGGGUUGUCGUCUGCGGCGUCAUGACCGAUUGCUCUUGCGAUACUUCGGCGCGCGCGGCCUUUAAUCGCGGCUACGAUACGUGGUUGGUUGGCGAUGCGUGUGCUAGUGCUAAUAAGGAACAGCAUGAAGCAGGGUUGCUGGCGUUCAGGCUCGCGUUUGGCGACGUGCUUGACACGGAUGAGGUGCUUGAGAGGUUGAGAGCUGAGGCAUGAGGCAUGAGGCAUAUAUGUUUCUGGGGCGGCAGCCCGAGGGGCGCUGUAUUGUUGUCUUGAUCGAGGCUUGGGCGGUGAAAGCGAAGCGCGGGCCGUUUGGUAACGUAAAAAGUAGCACUGACGUCGAUGUUGACCAAAACCAGUAGCCGAAAGCUCUUUUGUAUCAGACCGCAUCGUUGGCAAGAGAUUAUUGAAGAGCUGUGGUUGCGAAGAUAACAGUUCAAAAGUACACGGCGCAUGAGAAUAGGUAGCUGUGGAAAAGUAACAAAAAAGAAUUGACCGAACCAGGAAUCGAACUUGC